UUAAUGACUAACUUUUAAGACUAGUCUUUUAUGCAACCGGCCACUGAUAUAAGGAUUUGAUUGAAAAGUCUUUUUAUGCCCCAAACAAGACACUGAAGAGAGCCUAUCCCGUGGUGCAUGUUGCCUGUUUAAGGGUUAAUUUCAUAUACGCUCAGCGGGUUUGCAGUGAGACAUUAAGCAGAUUUGUUGUUUUGUCCACAGUAACUGACAGUAGAUCAGUCACAAACACAGUCAGUCCUCGUGUACAAACCUGACAUUAUGAGCCUGGCUCAAGAGCUUAUAAGUCUGGCUGUUCAACUAUUUCCUGCUAAAUCUCACACUUUCAGAGAUAUAACGGUCACUUUUCUAGUAUUUCUACUCUCUACAAUAUUACAAACACAUUAUGAGCAGAAUGCAUGUUCAGUUGUAUGUGUCUGCAAGUGUAAACACCUCUCGCUCUCUUCUUGUUAGCCACUCCUACCUUCAGUUAAAGUGAAACUCAUCCAUACUUCCUGUUUAACCUGAAUGUGGGAUUUAUCUGCGUCACAUCUUUCUGUUUCACGGGGCUCAGCUGUUGUUGAGGUGCUGUUUGUGUGCAGUGAAAUGGCAGAAGCGAGUGUUUCUUUGGCUCAGGAUCAGUUUAGCUGUUCAAUCUGUCUGGAUCUACUAAAAGAUCCAGUGGCCAUUCCCUGUGGACACAGUUACUGUAUGAGCUGUAUUACAGACUACUGGGAUCAGAAGAGACUCUACAGCUGCCCUCAGUGCAGACAGACCUUCAAUACAAGACCUGUUUUAGGUAAAAACACCAUGCUGGCUGAAGUGGUGGAGAAACUGAAGAAGACUAAACUACAAGCUGCUCAUCCUGAUCACUGUUAUGCUGAACCCGGAGAUGUGGAGUGUGACGUCUGUACUGAGAGAAAACACAAAGCUGUCAAGUCCUGUCUGGUGUGUCUGAACUCUUACUGUCAAAAUCAUCUUGAACAACAUGAGAAAUUCUUCAAAGGGAAGAAGCACAACCUGAUAGAUGCCACUGGACGACUUCAGCAGAUGAUCUGCCCACAACAUGAUAAAGCUCUUGAGAUUUACUGUAAAACUGAUCAGCUCUGUAUAUGUUAUUUGUGUACAUUUGGCAAGCACAAAAAUCACGAUACUAUAUCAGCUGAAGAAGAGAGGACAGAGAAACAGAAACAACUGAAGGAGACACAGAGAAAAUACCAGCAGAGAAUCCAGGAGAGUCAGAAGAAGCUUCAGGAGCUGAGAGAUGCUGUGGAGACUCAUAAGCGCUCUGCACAGACAGCAGUGGACGACACUGAGAGGAUCUUUACUCAACUGAUCCGAUCCAUUGAGAGAAGACGAUCUGAGGUUAAACAGCUGAUCAGAGAUCAGGAAAAGACUGCAGUGAGUGAAGCUGAAGGACUCAUGAAGCGAUUGGAGCAGGAGAUUGAUGAUCUGAGGAGGAGAGACGCUGAGCUGGAGCAGCUUUCACACACAGAUGAUCACAUUCAUUUCAUCCAGAGUUUCAAAUCUCCCCCUGUUCCUCCUGAAUCUACAAACUCUGAGAUAACUGUCAAUUCUCCUCUCUGUUUUAAUGAAUCUGUGUCUCGUCUGAGAGAGAAACUGGAGAAUUUUUGCAGAGAAGAAAUUGAAACGAUAUCUGAUCGAGUAAUAAACUUUUCAAUCAUUGAGCUCCCAAUCAGGCAGGAGAUCCAUAAAUAUUUUUGUCAGUUCACUGCAGAUCCAAACACAGCACAUAAAUGUCUCUGUCUGUCUGAGGGGAACAGAGUGAUUACUUACACUAACAGAGUCCAGCCGUAUCCUGAUCAUCCAGACAGAUUUAAUCAUUGGGAUCAGGUGUUGUGUAGUGAGAGUGUGAGUGGACGCUGUUACUGGGAGGUUGAGUGGAGUGGUCAGGUGUAUAUAUCAGUGUCAUAUAAGAGCAUCAGCAGGAAGGGAGGGGGUAAUGAGUGUUUGUUUGGAAGUAAUGAUCAGUCCUGGAGUUUGUACUGCUGUGACUCCAGUUGUUCAUUCUGGCACAAUAAUAUUGAGACUAAACUCCCAGUAGUGUCCAGAUCUUCUAGAAUAGGAGUGUAUGUGGAUCACAGUGCAGGAUCUCUGUCCUUCUACAGCGUCUCUGACACAAUGACCCUCAUCCACAGAGUCCAGACCACAUUCACUAAACCUCUCUAUCCUGGGUUUAGAUUGUAUAGUUUGUUUAGACAAUCAAAAGCAAAACUUUGUGAAAUAAACACUACAGGUCCAUAAUAAAUCCGUAACGGUGAGAUGUUUUUUUUCAAUUAGAUAGCUAAACUCCUGUCAGGGAAAUAUCGUGUGACUUUAGUAAUGUUAUUAUCUUGGAUUAGUUCAAUGAAUUAUAAUUGUAUAAUGCAAAAGUAGUAAACGAUGAAUGUAAAAUCAACAACAAUUGACAUUAACGAUGAAAAUGUAUGUUUGUAAUUUUACUUGGGUAAAAGUAAUUUGUUUUAUUAAUGUAAAUAAAGCGGUUGACAGCAUGA